AUGGAUGCACAGGCCGCAACUGCUCUAGACCUCUGGCUAUAUGCUAGGAAUGCCGCUCAAUUCGUGGUCUCCUAUCCUUACUUUUACCUUUUCCCAGUCCUCACGAUCGCCCGCAACUCGGCUCUUGCAAACGCAGCCGGGUCCGAUAAGCUCCCCAAAGACUCGCCCAACUUUUUCACCGCAUUCAUAUUUCCAUUCAAGCCAUUCUGUGUCUGGGUCGUUGGACAAGUAUUCCGAGAAGUCUUGACCGCCUUUCUCGGUCGGUAUCUUGGACAUUUCGCCAAAACCAUCAUCGCCAUUGUGGUUUGCGCCCCAUUGAACCUCUUGUGCACGUGGGCAAUUGUCCGAGGCAAUCGCUCCCCCCUGCGAAACCUGGCCUUUUCUAUUCGCUCCGUCAGUUUCGCUUCCUGGGGCUACUAUGUCAGCACAUUGCUAGCGUGCGAGGCAGUAGAACUACUAAUCAUCUCGCUCGCUGCCCUACCUUUCAGACAGACCGCCCAAGGCUCUGGCGUCAUCCCACAACAAACUGAUGAAGCAACUUCCAACACAAAUUCGACUUGGGUAUUGGCUUUGUUCGCUGCGAUUAUUGGCCCAGUUGGGAUAGUCGCUUUUCUGGAGUGGUUUCCAGCUACCGUGAUCUGUGUGCGAGCCGCUCUUUCACUACUGGAUCCAGGGGCCGUAGGCCGUGGGCAGGAACGUAACCACGCCGUCAUCGAGUAA